AUGACUGUCCGUAGGCGUCUGCCACCGACGCGCAUCGAGGAGAAUCUCAACGCGUUGCUGGGCAUGUGCCCAGAGUAUGCGGACGACUUGCUUGGGAGCGUCGACCAGCCGCUCAAGCUGCUCACAGACAAGUCAACGGGACGCGAAUACCUCGCAUGCGACUAUAAUCGCGAUGGAGAUUCAUAUCGGUCGCCAUGGUCAAACGAGUAUGACCCACCUCUGGAAGAUGGAACCGUUCCAUCUGCAAAACUCCGCAGGCUCGAGAUUGCAGCCAAUGAUGCGUUCGAUACAUAUCGCGAAAUGUACUACGAGGGCGGUGUGUCGUCUGUCUUUCUGUGGGAUCAAGACGAUGGUGGAUUCGCUGGCGUAGUACUCUUCCGAAAAGUCAUCUCCCCCGACGCAUCUGGACAAGCACCAGACGGAACGAGCGAGGAUGCGACAGGAUCGUGGCAAUCUAUCCAUGUAUUCGAGGCGUCGGAGCGGGGUCGUACCGCACAUUACAAACUUACGAGCACUGUUAUGCUCGAGCUGGUCACCAAGAGCGCGGGUGUCGGAGAUGUCAAUCUCAGUGGUAGUCUGACACGACAGAACGAGGUGGAUGCAUCCAUCUCGGACCAAAGUUCUCACAUUGCCAAUACGGGACGCAUGAUUGAAGACAUGGAGAUUAAGAUGAGAAACCUAUUGCAAGAGGUCUAUUUUGGCAAGACAAGGGAUAUUGUGUACGACCUUCGUAGCGUCGAAGGACUAGAACGUGCCAAGCAGCAAAGAGCACUACAAAAGGAGCUGGUUGGAUUGAUCAAGCGAUGA